AUGGCCACUUCAGUGAGGACGUUCCCAGUUGCCCCGUGGACACCGACGCCGACUCCCUGGCCAGGAGGAAACACCAGCGCGGUGGCGGAGGCAAAGUGCGUCUUCAACGAGGAGUUCAAGUUCAUCCUGCUGCCCAUCUCCUACGGCAUCGUCUUCGUGGUGGGGCUGCCCCUCAACUCUUGGGCCCUGUGGAUCUUCAUCUCCAGGAUGAGGCCCUGGAAUGCCACCACCACCUACAUGUUCAACCUGGCCGUCUCCGACACGCUCUACGUCCUCUCCCUCCCUACCCUGGUCUACUAUUACGCUGACCGCAACAACUGGCCCUUUGGGAAAUGGCUCUGCAAGAUCGUGCGCUUCCUCUUCUACGCUAACCUCUACAGCAGCAUCCUCUUCCUGACGUGUAUCAGCGUCCACCGCUACAUGGGCAUCUGCCACCCCAUCCGCUCCCUGAAGUGGGUGAAGACCAAGCACGCCCGCAUCAUUUGUGUGGGUGCCUGGCUUGUCGUCACCAUCUGUCUCAUCCCCAACCUCAUCUUCGUCACCACCAGCUCCAAGGGCAACAGCACCCUGUGCCACGACACCACCAAGCCCGAGGAGUUUGACCAUUACGUGCACUACAGCUCCUCCGUCAUGGCCCUCCUCUUUGGGGUCCCCUUCCUGGUCAUCGUCCUGUGCUACUGCCUGAUGGCCAAGAGACUCAGCAAGUCCAGCUUCUCCAGCCCCAGCCCCCGAAUGCCCUCCUACAAGAAGCGCUCCAUCAAGAUGAUCAUCAUCGUGCUCACCGUCUUUGCCAUCUGCUUCGUGCCCUUCCACAUCACCCGAACCAUCUACUACACCACCCGCUACUUCCAAGCUGACUGCCAGACUCUCAACAUCAUCAACUUCACCUACAAGGUCACGCGGCCCCUGGCCAGCAUCAACAGCUGCCUUGACCCCAUCUUGUACUUCAUGGUUGGGGACAAGUACCGGGGGCAGCUGCGCCGGGGGCCAGCCCAGCGCCUCCAGCCCAUGUCCAUGUGCAACCUGGCCCUGGUAUCCCCCUCCAUGGACAACAUCGCAAGUGGCAGCCACGCUGACGGUGACACCCGAGGGAGAGGGACAGCACGGAGUGGAGGAGGGUGCUGA